CUUGAUUGGUUUUCGCUAAAUAUCCCUGUAAUUCACUUCAGCCGGCAUUCCUCGUGUUGUUGGGAAGUGAAGAAUGGCUACUGACAUCAAGUCUUUCUUGCACCAAUGGUGCUCCAAGGAGAAAUUGCUGAACCCCACCUAUGAUAUCCGGCCGACAGGUCCGAAACAUCGCCAGAGGUUCCUAUGUGAGAUCCGCGUUCAGGGCAUACCUUAUGUGGGCGCCGGAAACUCAACCAACAAGAAGGAUGCGGAGAAGAAUGCCUCUCGUGAUUUCGUCAACUACUUGAUUCGGUUGGGGAGGAUUUCUGGGACAGAUGUGCCUACUGAAGCUAUGGACGGCGACGCUAUCCCUCGAGCCGAUCCGGGAGUGAUGGGUGGGAACAAGUUAGCGCAAGCCAAUGUUUUCCAAGGCGGAAUGGGUCCGUCUGACUUGGGCCAAGCCUAUAGACCUAUUCAUCAGGAAGACGAGCGUCAUUAUGGGCCGACAUCGUAUCUGGAUCGCGCUGAGCAGCAGCUGAAGAUGGAGGAGGCGGAAUCUCUGGACGUAAAUGCCGCCAUUCACGGCAAUUGGACAAUUGAGAAUGCCAAAUCGAAGCUGAGUCAGUUCCUGCAGAUGCACAAGCUUCAGGGAAACUACAAGUACACUCCGGUUGGGCCUGAUCACUCCAGGAGUUUCAUGGCGGAAUUGACGAUUUACGUGAAGCAACUGGGACGGUCGAUUACUGGACGGGAGACUGGAUCCAAUAAGCAGUCGGCGAGCAAAUCCUGCGCUCUAUCGCUAGUUCGACAACUCUUCCAUCUGGGAGUCAUUGAGGCGUUUACUGGAAGCCUCAAGACUGUUAAGAACGAUGAUCAGAUGAAACCCUAUCCGGUGUGUAUCAGUCAGGAAUUGGAGGAGAAGAUUUCAUCGUGUCUCCAUGGACUCAAUAUUCAGCCUGUGAAUCCUAAUGCUAUGCCACGUGUGAAGCUGGAAGAUGGCACUAAUCAGCCUGUCAGUCUGCUGAUCCCUUCCAAUGAACCGCGAGUGGAUCGCAUGAAUUUGCCACCUCAGCCGGGCUCUGUGAUCUCUUGGUCACCACCGCAACCCAACUGGAAUCCUUGGCUGGCGUGUAACAUCGACGAAGGCUAUCUGGCCACGGCGAGUCUUGACCAAUUGAGUGAUGAUCUAUCUAACAGUGACCGCGAUCGUCGGAUGAAUGACACGCAGCUCCAACAGAUGAUGAUGCAGCGAGAGAAGCUCCCAAUCUCGGCCAUGAGGAAUGAGAUCAUGGCGGCUAUCAACGAGAAUCCCGUGGUGAUUAUUCGUGGGAACACAGGAUGUGGCAAGACGACACAAAUCGCUCAGUUCAUCCUGGAGGAUUAUGUGAAAUCUGGUCAGGGUGCGUGGUGCAACGUGUGCGUGACUCAACCGCGCAGAAUUAGUGCGAUAAGCGUGUCAGAGCGCAUUGCCAAUGAGAGGAAUGAGAAUCUGGGUGAAUCCGUGGGAUACUCAGUGAGAUUUGAGUCGAUUAUUCCACGACCGUACGGAUCGAUUCUCUUUUGCACAAUAGGGGUGCUGCUGAGGAAGCUCGAGGCGGGCCUCAGAGGAGUGUCUCACGUGAUUGUGGAUGAGAUACACGAGAGAGAUGUGAACAGUGACUUCCUCAUGGUGGUGCUGCGUGACAUGGUGCACACAUACCCAGAUUUGAGGGUGAUUCUCAUGUCGGCGACAAUAGACACCACACUUUUCUCCGAGUACUACGGACGAUGUCCUGUAAUUGAGGUUCCGGGCAGGGCGUAUCCCGUGGAGCAAUACUUCCUGGAAGACUGCAUUGAAAUGACUAACUUUAAGCCCUCGCCGGACAGUCGGAAGCGGCGCAAGGACGACGACGGGGAUGACGCGCCGGCGAGCGAGGAGGCGGAGAAGAACUUGAAUGCGGAUGUGGAAUCGCAAUACUCGCCGAACACGAAGAGUGUCAUGGCUCAGAUGUCCGAAUCUGAGGUGAGCUUUGAAUUGGUGGAGGCGAUUUUGAUGCACGUGAAUAAGAUUGGCGUUCCUGGAGCUGUGCUGAUCUUUCUGCCGGGAUGGAAUUUGAUAUUUGCUCUGAUGAAGUUCCUGCAGAGCACUCAGGAGUUUGGCACGCCACGAUAUCGCAUCCUGCCAUGUCACUCGCAAAUCCCGCGCGAGGAUCAGCGGAAGGUGUUUGAGCCAGUGCCUGAGGGCGUGCGGAAGAUCAUUCUGUCGACAAAUAUUGCCGAGACCAGCAUCACUAUUGAUGACAUCGUGUAUGUCGUGGACAUUUGCAAGGCGCGGAUGAAACUCUUCACAUCCCACAAUAAUCUUAUCAGUUAUGCGACUGUGUGGGCGAGCAGGACGAAUCUGGAGCAGAGGAAAGGCCGCGCAGGACGCGUUCGCCCAGGAAUGUGCUUCACGCUCUGCUCCAAGGCGCGCUUUAAGAAUCUGGAGGAACAUCUCACGCCCGAGAUGUUCAGAACGCCACUGCAUGAAUUGGCGUUGAGUAUUAAAUUGCUACGUUUGGGAUCAAUUGGGCAGUUCCUGUCCAAGGCCAUUGAACCUCCGCCUUUGGAUGCUGUAAUCGAAGCUGAGGUGCUGCUCAGAGAGAUGAAGUGUCUCGAUGUGGAAGACAAUUUGACACCGCUGGGAAGAAUUCUGGCCAAGUUGCCGAUUGAGCCUCGCCUGGGGAAGAUGAUGAUUCUGGGAUGUGUGUUUCUCGUCGGAGAGCCUCUGUCGGCCAUGGCGGCAUUCUCCAGCACCUUCUCGGAAGUGUUCUCCCUGGAGAUGGGCCACAGGCGCCUCAGCAAUCACCAACGAGCUCUGGGCGGCAUUAAGCAUUCUGACCACGUCGCCAUGUUGGUAGCGUCGCAGAUGUGGAACGGCGCUCGGGUGAAGGGCGAGGAGGCGGAGAAGAACUUCUGCGAGUGGAAAGGACUGCAGCAGCCUACGAUGCGCGUGAUGCACGAGGCGAAGAGGCAGUUGAUGGAUUUGCUGCAACAGACGGGAUUUCCCGAGGAGUGCAUUCUGGAUUAUCGCGUGAAUGCUAAUGUUCCAGAUCCCACACUCGAUGUGGCCACUGGACUGCUCUGCGUGGGCUUAUAUCCCAAUGUGUGCUUUCACAAGGAGAAGAGGAAGGUCCUGACCACAGAAAGCAAGGCGGCACUCAUUCACAAGACAUCUGUGAACUGCACGAAUCUUCAGUGCACUUUCCCAUAUCCGUUCUUCGUGUUUGGAGAGAAGAUCCGGACCAAGGCUGUUUCCUGCAAGCAGAUGACAAUGGUGUCGCCCAUUCACAUUCUCCUCUUUGCCUCUCGCAAGAUUGACUUGGUGGACGAGAAAACUGUUAGGAUUGACAACUGGCUGAACUUUGAGAUGAGCCCGCGCCAGGCGAGUCUGAUUUGUGCCCUGCGUCCUGUUGUUGAAAGUCUCGUGGUGAGGGCUUCUGAGUGCCCAGACGAUGUGCUGCAGCAGGAAGAGGCUUACGGGGAUGCCAUAGCAGUGAUAAAGGAUCUCUGCGUCAUGGAGGCUGGAGAUCAUGGCAUUGAGCGCGACAAAGGAAUUUUGCCGCAAGGAUUUGGACCUCGUCAGAGGGAUGGAGACGGCGGACCGCCCAACAAAUUCUUCCGGGGCAGCGGAGGUGGGGGUUACAUGGGCGGCCGGGGAAGCGGAGGAGGCUAUGGUGGAUAUGGUGGAUACGGUGGCUUCCGGCGAGGCUUUGGAGGGUAUCGUGGUGGAUUCCGAGGAGGAUUCCGUGGCGGCCGUUAAGCUAUAACAUUCAAACA